AUGGUGCUGAUGCGCGCGCUACUCUUACUACCAUACAUCAACGGUUACAACCACAUAGCCAAGAUCGCAGCGGACACCAACGUCGAGAAGACCUUAGUAAAAUCGUGCAUUCAGAAUUUAGUCUACUACAAAGUGGUAACAUUGAUUCCAAUGCUAAAGUUUUGUAACAUGUACCGAGCAACACCCAAGUUUAGCAGACUGUUUUCUGAUCAAGAGUUACAAAAGGCGUGUAUUGCUUUCAUAACUAAAGGGUUAGAAUGUAAAGAAAAGCCCAGCAUGGCAGAGAUCCUGGAGAUCCUUUGCGCUCUGCAACAAGGCACGACCUUGAGGGCAGUGUGCGAACGUUUUUCCGGCUUGCCAGGCACCAGCUUCGACAUUCGCCGUCUAGUCGUGUUCGCCCAGAUGCACGAACUCAUCAGGUGCUUGAAAAGGUAGAAACAUACAGUGUGCUAACAAAUUGUGUACAUACACUUUAAGAGCUAAAUUCUUACUCAUUGUAAUCACUUGACAGCU